CUCAUAUUUUACAAACUACUAGCUAAAAAUCGUGUUUGAAACGACUGCUGAACAGCUCUAAUGCCUCCAUGAUUCCAGAAUCAAUUCGUGAUAGGUUCGAGCGGGCCGAUGAUUCCACGAAUUCAAAAGAUAUACGAUGUGAGCGACCCGUAUCACGCAGUUGCGACGACAUAACCGAUGGCCUUGCUCCAGAUCGGCUUUGUUCUCGUGUCGAUGACUUUCGUCUGCGCUUGCGUGGGUUUCAUUGGUGGCGCGUUGUUCAAUAUGCACUGGGCAGAUCGCUUCGGCUUUGGGAAGAUGUUGGUGAUUGCCAUCACCUGUCAAGCGGUUGCGUUCGCCAUCCAGGCAUCUGCACCGCCGUAUCCUCUGUUCGCUAUUGCGUUCGCCG